UUGCUGUGGUAGUUGUAUUCCAGUCUAAAGUUUAAAUUUAAAAACAAAGCCACCAACAGUAUUUCACAUGCAACAUGGAUUUAUCUUCGGAAGCUGGUUGUACACGACGGAAUUCAUUUACAUCGCAACAAAAUAUUGCCCAUGAUAUAAUCACUGAUAUUUAUGUAACAUCCGAUGGUCCAGAUGAAUUUAGUACAUUUACCACGGAUAUUUCAUUAAGCAAAGGUGUUGGUCUAACAGAUGCUUAUACCAACAUUGCUGCUGCAACACAACCUACUGGCAUCAACAUAGAUAGAGUCAACAAUAAACGCAGCUAUUCAGUGGAUACAAUUAAAUUUCAAUAUUCUCAAUUGCAACAGCCAGCCGCAUCAUCAUCAUCAACAACUUCCUCUCGAACAGAACAACAACAACAGCAGCAACAGUCAUUGCCUCCCUCUUUGGCUACCAUAGCUGCACGUAAACAACGUCAGCGUAGCCAAUCUGCUCAAUAUAUAAAUACAACUUUAGUCAAACCAUUAACACCAACAGCAAUAACAUCAUCUGCAUCAGCAACCUUCAACGACAGCCACCAAAAUUUCAAUAGUGAAGAGGAUAAUUUAAAAGAGGAUUCGAAUGAGGAAGAAUUUAUAGAUUCCCUGAUAGCUGAAUACAGUUAUUCACCAGAUGAUUACAACAAUAAUAACAAUAACAGCAGCAAUAAUAAUUUCCCUCAUGACGCUGGCAAUGAGGGCGACGAUGAAAACGAGGAAAAUAUGGAGGAUGUUGAUGAUGACGAUGAGGACUUAACACAAGUAUCGAGUUUCGAUGACGACUGUUAUGUAUUGGAUGUUCAUAGUUCGAUGCGUAAAGAAAUCUUUGUUAAUCGUUCAUUACAUUUGGAAAAUAUUAAAUUCUAUGGCUUCGAUAUGGAUUAUACUUUGGCUGAAUACAAAUCUCCCCAGUAUGAACAAUUGGGUUUCGAUUUGGUUAAAGAACGUUUGGUUAGCAUGGGCUAUCCCAAAGAAAUCAUGCAAUUCGAAUAUGAUCCCUCAUUUCCCAUACGUGGUCUUUGGUUUGAUACUUUAUACGGCAAUCUCUUGAAAGUCGAUGCUUAUGGCAAUAUUUUAGUUUGUUGUCAUGGUUUUGAAUUUCUAAAACAUUCUCAAGUUUAUGAAUUGUAUCCAAAUAAGUUUUUAAAAUUAGAUGAAUCACGUGUUUAUGUGUUGAAUACUCUAUUCAAUUUACCUGAAACCUAUUUACUGGCCUGUUUAGUGGAUUUCUUUACAAAUAGUUCCGUGUACACAGAAGAUCGCACUGGUGUUAAAGCUGGUGAAUUAUUUAUGUCUUUCAAUUCCAUAUUCCAAGAUGUUCGCCGCGCUGUUGACUGGGUGCACAUACAGGGUGAUUUAAAGAAACGAACUGUAGAGAACCUCGAUUAUUAUGUGAAAAAAGAUCCUCGUCUACCUAUGGUCUUGGCACGCAUACGUGAAUCGGGCGCUAAAGUUUUCUUACUCACCAACAGCGAUUACAAUUUCACCAAUAAAAUUAUGAAUUAUAUUUUCGAUUUUCCACAUGGCGCCAAGCCCGAAGAACCACAUCGUGAUUGGAAAACUUAUUUCGAUGUUAUUGUAGUGGAUGCACGCAAACCAUUGUUCUUUGGCGAAGGUACCAUUUUGCGUCAGGUUGAUACUGAAACGGGAGCUUUAAAAAUUGGCACCCACAUUGGGCCCCUACAACCGGGACAAGUUUAUUCGGGUGGUUCAUGUGAGGUCUUUACGAAUUUCAUUAAUGCCAAGGGUAAAGAUGUUUUAUAUAUUGGUGAUCAUAUCUUUGGUGAUAUUUUAAAGUCAAAAAAGAUUCGUGGUUGGCGUACAUUUUUGGUGGUGCCUGAAUUGGUGCAGGAAUUACAUGUGUGGACUGAUAAGUGUCAAUUUUUCGCUGAACUACAACAAUUGGAUUGUCAAUUGGGUGAAAUGUAUAAAAAUCUUGAUUCGAGCACCAAAGAAAAACCUGACAUUUCCAAAUUGCGCGCUUCCAUACGCGAUGUUACUCAUAAAAUGGACAUGGCUUAUGGUAUGAUGGGUUCUCUAUUCCGUUCCGGUUCUAGACAAACAUUCUUCUCCAGUCAAGUGGUCAGAUAUGCUGAUUUAUAUGCUGCCACUUUCUUAAAUUUCAUUUAUUAUCCAUUCUCCUAUAUGUUCCGUGCACCGGCCAUGUUAUUACCUCACGAAUCGACAGUGGCUCAUGAGCAAAGAUUCCAAAUAGAAACUCCCAUGAUACAGAGAGGCAGAGGUAAAGCUGAAUCGAAUACAACUGUUGCAACCAGUAACAGCUCGUUAACUGAGAGCAAAAUUACAGAAUAUGUAGCGGCAGCUAAGGCAGCACAAACAGAUGUAGCCAGUAAAGUUGAAGCAGAAGAAAAGCCUGUCACUGUGCCUCAUACCCGCCCCAGUACACCGCGUACGGUUACCCAUACCCACGAUGAAGAUUAUUCGGAAGAAGAAUCCGAUCCCAAUAACAAAAGUGAUGGUGAAAAUGGUCAAGAUGCCGAGCCAGAAGAAACCAAAAAUUAAUUCACAAUCAAGUCUUUUGCAAAUUGCAAAGGGAUUAGAAAGUUUAUUAAUUACCAAUGUUAUAUAACCAUGUUUAAUUAGGAAUUUCUUUUGAAACUGAAAAGAUUUUAAUGUUUUAUUAACGAUUUUAUUAUUAUUAUAACUAUAUGUAUCUACUAUAUCUAUGGACUAUAUAUGUAUAUUUUUUUUAUUUUAUUAGAUCUUUUUUGUAUUGUUUUAUCAUUUUUAAUUUAUGUUAAUUUCUUAGGUUUUCUCUUAAAAUUAUAAACCAAAAAAACAAAAAAAAAAACAAAAAGAAAUCGUUGAUAAUUUUUACACAUGUAGAGCUUGACAUUUAAUAACUAAUAAAAAAGGUAUAUUUAAAAUUAUAUAAACAAA